GAGUGUUAAUUCUCCUGAGGUGGAGGUGGAGAUGGUGAAUAGUUCUUCAUGUCAGACACACGUCCGUGUGCUGCAGUGUGGAGACAUUAACACCGUGUUAAUUCUGCUCCAUCGAGUGAGGGUGAGAGGUAGAUUGUGUGGAUAAAUGCUCAGGUGUAAUAUUGACUAAUAAUAAUAAUAAUACUUUGAAUAAGUGGCAUGAGAUAAUUAAAGCUUAGAGAUGGUGAACGCAGCGGUUGAGGUGAUGGCUUUUCUCCUCGGCUUUGCGGGAUGGGCGAUGUCUGGAAUCGUCAUUCCGUAUCGCUACUGGAAGAUUUCCACCAUCGAUGGGAAUGUCAUCACAGCGUCCAUCGCCUAUGAGAACUUAUGGCUGUCCUGCGCUACUGAUUCCACCGGUGUGCACAACUGCAGGGAGUUUCCCUCCAUGCUUGGCCUUGCCGGUUUUGUCCAGGCGUGCCGUGCACUUAUGAUCGCCUCCAUCGUGUUGGGGACGUUCGGUCUCAUCUUCACGCUGGUCGGCAUGCAGUGUUCCAAAAUUGGAGGAGAGAACUACAUAGUGAAGGGACGAAUCGCUGUCCUCGGGGGCGUGUUCUUCAUCCUGCAGGGUUUGAGUACGAUGAUCGCCGUGUCGUGGUACGCCUUCAACAUCACACAGGAGUUCUUUGACCCGCUUUAUCCCGGAACAAAGUUUGAGAUAGGAGAGGGUUUGUAUAUCGGUUGGUGUUCAGCGACACUCGCUCUGAUUGGUGGCUGCUGCUUACUAUGUGCAUGUGGAAAAAACAACAAAAAGGAGAAAAUGUCAUAUCCGUACCAAUCUCAGCGCAGAGGGACGGUGUAUACGACCUCCAUCAUGUCUCAGCAGCCCAAUAACUAUGGCCGAAAUGCCUACGUGUAAGAGUUCACGAGGUAGCCAUGGCAACAAUAAACCCAGGCGGUGAUGUCCUGGACUUUACUGAAUCCAAAAGGACACCGUUUGGAAGCUGGAGGAACUCUGUGUGUGUGUGUGUGUGUGUGUGUGUGUGUGUGUGUGUUACAGCUGAAGUGCACAGUGGUGAAUUGGGACAGAACCAGCAGAGCUUCAGACACUUUAAACACUGAAAGGUUCAACUGUUCUGAGUGUGUGCGGUACCAUACUCAACACCACUCUCACAUUAAUCACUCAUCACUAAGUUCCUAAACACUAAAUACCCCUGUAGCCUCCAGCAUUCUGUCUCGUGCUGCUGCUGUGAUGAGAAAAUCCCAUUUAUUACAUGAGGAAUAAAAGUGUGUGAUAAUUAUCACUAAAUCACUGACAUGUUAAAGGUCUGACUUUUAUUUCAUGUGUAUCAUGUGUUCUUAUACUCAGCUAGUUUUAAAAUGAAAAUAAAUCAGCGCUGCUUUAUUCACAUUAAGACAUUUCUGUGUGUUUAAAACCAGACGUGGACUUCAUGUGUUUCUUCAGUUAAUAUUGUAGUGAUGUAAACAGUUUGUGCACUCAGACAAUAAUAAUGCUUUAUAUCCUGAGUGUGAUUCUGGAGCGGAGACAUCACCACAUUCAGAAAGUCACCUGUAAAUAAACCUGCAACCUGUUAAUGAAGGUGAUCAAUUUAUAUGUAAGUUUAGCAGGUGUGGCCAGGUCAUGUUUUAGAUAGAUUCGUGGGCGGGGCCACUACUCAUAAUGGUGGUCACACUCUUGACCUCAUACUAACAUAUGGAUUAAAUAUAGAAAAUAUUGUAAUUUUUCCACAGUCUGAAGUUGUCUCAGACCAUUAUCUAAUCUCGUUCACAAUAUGUAUUGAUCAUAAUAUUUCCAUUACAUAAUAUAUAUGUAUUGAU